CCCGAAGGAGGAGUCUGGCUCCCACUUGCUGCCUCGGACGCGCGGCGAGGCGGCCGCCGCCGGAGGAGCCCCCGCCCCUGCGCGCCUCCCUCCCGGGAGCCGGGCCCCUGCCUCCCUCCGUGCGCGCUGCUGCUCGCGGCCGCCGCGGCCGCCGAAGAGGAGCCCGGGGCCAGUCUGUUCCCAGGUCUGGCUCGGGGCCGGGCGGCGGCAGCGGGCGAUGCCCGGGCGGCCCGCAGAGGUCCAUGUGGCGCGCUAGGUGGGAUCCCGGCGUCCUGAAGGCCGAGGCCCUGGCCCUCCUGCCCUGUGGCCUGGGCAUGGCGUUCUCCCAGUCGCACGUGAUGGCCGCCCGGAGGCACCAGCACAGCCGGCUCAUCAUCGAGGUGGACGAGUACAGCUCCAACCCCACCCAGGCCUUCACCUUCUACAACAUCAACCAGGGACGCUUCCAGCCGCCGCACGUGCAGAUGGUGGACCCUGUGCCUCACGAUGCCCCCAAGCCACCUGGCUACACCCGCUUCGUCUGUGUGUCGGACACCCACUCCAGAACCGACCCCAUCCAGAUGCCCUACGGCGACGUGCUCAUCCACGCCGGGGACUUCACGGAGCUGGGGCUCCCGAGCGAGGUCAAGAAGUUCAACGAGUGGCUUGGCAGCCUGCCGUACGAGUACAAGAUCGUGAUUGCCGGCAACCACGAGCUGACGUUCGACCAGGAAUUCAUGGCUGACCUCAUCAAGCAGGACUUUUACUACUUCCCGUCCGUGUCGAAGCUGAAGCCGGAGAACUACGAGAACGUGCAGUCCCUGCUGACCAACUGUGUCUACCUGCAGGACUCCGAGGUCACGGUGCGGGGCUUCCGCAUCUACGGCUCGCCGUGGCAGCCGUGGUUUUAUGGCUGGGGCUUUAACCUCCCACGAGGCCAAGCACUGCUAGAGAAAUGGAACCUCAUCCCUGAAGGCGUAGACAUCCUGAUAACCCACGGACCGCCACUGGGCUUCCUGGACUGGGUCCCCAAGAAGAUGCAGCGGGUGGGCUGCGUGGAGCUGCUCAACACGGUGCAGAGGCGCGUCCAGCCACGGCUGCAUGUCUUUGGCCACAUCCACGAAGGGUACGGUGUCAUGGCAGAUGGGACAACCACCUAUGUGAACGCGUCUGUGUGCACCGUGAACUACCAGCCUGUGAAUCCGCCCAUAGUCAUUGACCUCCCCACACCCCGGAACUCCUGACUGCCCCUGCUGUCUCAGCCCUUCCUGCUCACAUCAGCUACACAUGCCUGGCCGAGAGCACAGACCCCCAACCACCCUUCCUUCCAGCAGACCAGCUGCCUGGCCACAGGGAGCAGCCCAGCUGAUGGGUUGAGGCCUUGGAAUGAAGAAAACCUCCCCUGACUCUUCAGCCUCCGUCACCUGGAGUCAGGACCCUGUGGGUCCCUGGCAGGGGUUCUGUGCUCAUUACUGUUUUCUGCGUGUACAUUUCUGCGUGUACCUUGUCAAAGGACCUAACAAGCUUGCGGUCCUGUCCUGCUUGGGAAUUGACGGACUCUUCAUCCCUCUCAGUCGGACCCACUCGUGGGCUUGGGAAGCUGCUACUCCUGGACACACUUUGGAGGUUCUCGCACAAAAUCACCCUCUAACCGAGGGUCUGUGUGGCAGCAAGCCCCAGGGUUGGGGGUGUGUGGGAGGUUUUGGAGCCUGGGUGCAAGUGGCACCCAUUCCCGCCCCCCUGCCCCCCACCGGGCUUGGGGAGGAAAUGGGCCUGCUUUACAGCUGAGGCCCUUGAGGGAGCGAUCAGGGACGUCUCAGGAAUUCGGGCCACAAGGCCAACAAGGCCAACAAGCCGUCUGCCUCACCUCGUGACCCCGCUUUCUUCCUGUGGGCAUCUUUGCCAUCUUGAACAGUACCUGAGCACCCCGGGUGCUCACAUGGAGCCUGGACCCGGGAGAGUGGUUCUAUAAAACGAGCCAUGUGGGUGCCCAGGACCAAAUGGAAGGUUCCCGAGUCACGGACUCGCGGGUCUGAGCAACUCUGCAGAACUUGGCAGGCUGGAGGGGCCGCAGACCGAGGCCACCCUGCCACGUGGUUGUGCCCAUGUGGGCGUGCGUGCACGCG